GGUGAAUUCAUCAAUGACGGAAUUCUCUGUUUAUCAUGGAGAUCAGAACGGUCUUCAGUCGCCUUCCAAUCAUAGGUAUGAACAGUUCCUUGGUGUUUGGAAAUCAUUAAUUUCUCGCAUUGAAACUCAACUUAGAUUUCUCACUUCAAGUGUAUUCACUGAAGUAUUCAAUUACAUUGAAAAUUCACACACUUCCUGGCUAUCAUUUCACAAUUCGGAGACAAAUAGCCUCGUUAAUUUAGAACAAAUUCCAACAGCUCUCCUGUUAGCUGGUGUCAAUACUCCCGAUCAUUCUGUUAUCUAUGGCCACCUCAAAAAUUUAAUUUUGGAAUCUGGUGGACAUGUGGCCGUUAUCAGUCCUGGUGCUAAUACAACAAGUGUCCGUAGUCUUGUUUCUCUUGUGGUGGAGCAACUAUCGGAUGAUUCUUUUCACCAAAGUAAAUGGUUUAGAAGUGAUGAAGAUUCCAAUGAAAACUCGCGUGUCACCUGUCAAGAUUAUAAGGAAUCAAAGUAUACUUCAGUGAAAAAUUUCACUCCGGCUACACGUUCCUCGUAUUUGGCUUUGGUAGAAUGGUACUACUCUGGAACGAAAAAAUACUGUUGCACCAGCGUACCUGAAUGUAAUCCAGAAUUUAAAACACCAGCACCACCAACUACACCUCGUCUCCGUUCUCAACGUAGUACCAGUCAACCAAGAUCUCAAAAAUCACAUCAACCUUAUCCUAUGUCAGCUGCCUCACCUAGAUUGAGCACACCAACUAGAAGAAGUCAAAGAUUUAGUCUACAUUCGAAUGAAGUUAGUAACACUUUAAAAAGCGAACUAGCUGACAGUAUAUCAGCAUCUCCAGGAUCAGGAAUACUUUCAGAGUUAAAACAAAAUUCGUCGUUACUUAGACCUCUAGUCAUUAUUCUUACAGAGAUUGAAUCCAUCCCUGUUCAGGUUUUAUGUGAUUUUAUCGAGCUGACUUCUCUUUAUGUGGCCGGUCAGAUUAAAGGUCGUUCUUGUUCAUUACCAAUAACUUUUGUUUUCGGUUUGUCUACAAUUCCUGAGAUUGGAUUUGAACCACGUUUUAGUGCAUCCAUACUAAGCCGAUUAACAAUUCGACGUUUUUCUGUUCCUUCACCGUCAGCUUUCUUAAAUGUUGUGUUAAAGGAAGUUAUACAAUUCCCUGGAUUACAUCCAACUUAUUCUGUAUUAAAUUAUUUAAUGGAUGGAUUAUUUCUUUGUUUAGAUUAUUCAGUGAAAAAUUUCAUACAACGUUUAAAAUUUUGCAUGUUAGAACAUUAUUUGAAAACACCACAUCCUGAAUUGUUACAAUCACCGGAAUUAGCGUACAAAUAUCUGAAAUCAAUAAAUUCUAGAGAUUUAGCUAAAAUUGUCACAUUGGAUUAUCCUUCAUUAGCAAAUUGUGUUCUGGAUAAUACAACAACUUCAACUUCUACUAUUAAUCAUUCUACACUUUCUAUUGUUAAUAAUUCAUCUCCACAAACUGCACAACAAACAUCGCAUAGACUUGUCAAUAAGAUUGUAGAACAUUUGGAAAACCAUUUCAAAUUACAAUAUUUAAUUCCAUAUGUAUUGAAUUGGUUGUUGAUUAUUAUAACACCAUUAUCGGCUCGACCUUUGGGUAAAAAUAUUGGAGAUUUGUAUCGUUUAUGGUUGAAAAAUGGUUUAGUCAAUGCAGAAGAAUUCAACUUGACAAUAAAUCUUUUAGGUGGAGUGCCCAAAGAACAUUUAUUGAACUCUGUACAAGAUGCUUAUGAUUAUCUACUGAAAGAAUCUACUUCUUUAAUUCAGUCGCAAAAUCCCACUUCACUUUGUUGGUCACCGUCUACCGUAUCAGAAGGUAGAAAAUGUUUGAAUAAUUUAGCUGACUCAACCCUGUCUUGGCAUACAAAACUAUCGAUGGCUUGUCAAGAAGCAUCGAUGAAUAAACAACUGUCACAGUGCGAUCAAGAACAGUCGACAAAUAAUGACAAGUUGACAAUAACAGCUGCAACUUCUGUCAACAAUCCGGAUACUGUACCAGUUAAACCUGUUGAAUUUAAUACAAAAAGAAAAAUUAGUUUACGUAAUUUACGUCAGCAUCUUCAAGAAUAUGCAACUUCUUCACCGAAUCGUCCUUUAUCUGCUAUCACUUCAACUAUUCAAAAAACUCAAUGGGAUAUAACACGUAAAGAAUUUUUAAAUUGGAUACAAUUAAAAUUAAAUGAAUUCAUUCCAUCAUUUAAUCAAUUACCAUUACAUGAAGUUUUCUAUGGUCCAUCUAUCAUCAUUGAAAAUAAUAUUCAUUCAUUAUCAUUCACCGAUGAUAAUGAUUCAUCAAUUCAUUCACAAUUAGCAUUAUCUAUACGUCGUCGAUUAAAUCCACCAUUUCAACGUUGUUUACAUCUAGCACUUAUGGAUCCUGGUGUAUAUUUACAGAUUACUGAUUUGAAACUAUCUAAUUCAAGUAGUAUUUCAUCGAAAUUAUUUGAUUUAUGCAUUUUGUAUAAAUUACUAAUUGAAACAAAUAAAAUGGUGAAUUUGUACGAUUGGCUUAUGGCAUUUGCAACUAUACUGGGAGAGGCGGUUGACUCACAAAAUCCUCCAUCUCAAGAGACUCAAUGUCGUUUCUUGCAAGGAUUAGCAGAACUACAAUAUUUAGGUUGUAUAAAAUCAACUCGUCGAAAAGUGGAUCAUGUUAUACGUUUGACAUGGAUCUCAGGUCUUGUGUAAUCUUAUAACAUUCAAUUUUUUUUUACCCAAUUUUUUUAUUUUACUAUCAAUGAAAAAUAUGAUUAUUUAUUGUAUAUCAAAUUGGGGUUUUUUUUUGUUUUGUUUCUAUCUUUCAAAAGGUCUCAUUUGUUU